UCAAGUUUUGCUUCGAAUGUUAAGCUAAAUGCACAACAGCCGGGUCCAAAGUAAGGGAAAACUUCUCUGUGUUGAUGUGAUUUGCUGCUGCUGCUGGCCGACGACGUUCGCUCGAGAUUAAACUCUGCCAGCAUCAGCAUUCAGCAAGCUCGGCAGGCUCGGCGCGGAGGAAAGCUUUCUCUGAGAUUUCGUAAAUAUUGAACCACUUGGUUGAUAAUAUUUACUAGUCGCCGAUAUUUACUACACAUCCCGGGCACAGGUGGAUUACGCGGUGCGCUCCGAUGAAAUUGUUUGGAAAAUAUCCGUGCUGAGGGAAAAUAUUGUGCUUCCCCCCGGUGUGCUGCAGUAUCAGAGUGCGACUAAACAACCGGUAAAAUAUAAUUUAUCGAUUAUUGUUCGUUGCGGCGUGGUAGUUUUUUUUUAAGUGGAACGAUUUGCAGAAAAUAAGUCGUGGUUCUGAGAUAAGAAUAUAAAUAAUACUGUUAGUGUGAAAGGAAAAGUGUUUAGGAUUCGAGACAGCAAAACGCACGCCAGGAUUAUUAAUUAACCGUUUGCGGGAAAAGUUUCAAAAAUUCUCAUCGGAAGCGAGAUAGAUUACAUGUUGGCGACAACAGCCGCCAACAGUGACAUGGCGCCACCGGACGGCCCCAUGCAGUACGAGCCGAAAUGGUCCUCGAUGAAUAUAAUAAACCUGCCGAAAAUCAAACAGGAAAACUUCAACGGACUGAGUCAUUUGGUAACGUUACCAGCGUACGAGCAGGUCAAAUCCCCCGGAACACCCCAGCUACCUACCGUGAUAGAACGCGUGCACGAGGAACCGGAAAGUGCGGACGCAAUCAUUACCGCCACGACGACAAUCAAAACGGAUGACAUUACCAGCAACAACUUGGUCGGUGACGACAGAACCACAAACACCAGUUCCGGCAGCCCGACGGGGACGAACCGAAACACGAACGUGAAACCACCGUACAGCUAUGUGGCACUGAUAGCCAUGGCAAUUCAGCAUUCCCAAAUGAAACGAGCGACGCUGAGCGAAAUCUACGGCUACAUUACGGCUCGUUUUCCGUACUUCGAGAAAAACAAGAAAGGAUGGCAGAAUUCGAUCCGUCACAAUCUCAGCCUGAACGAGUGUUUCGUCAAGAUUCCGCGUGAGGGUGGCGGCGAGCGAAAAGGAAACUAUUGGACGCUUGACCCGCAGUACGAGGACAUGUUCGAGAAUGGUAACUUCAAGCGAAGAAGGCGAAUGAAGCGACCCUACCGUACCGGGCACUACUCGAAAAUGUUCGGAGAUUCCUAUAUGGCGAAUGCCGGAGGAUUCAGCCAUCGGCCUGUGUUUCCUCAGAAUCCCUACCAGACGUAUCCCCGGUAUGAUGCUGGGACGACCUGGAUGCCAGCUUCUCAGCUCGGUUCGUACACCACAUGCUCUACGAGGUCCAAUUACUCAUACUCAGCACCGCUCCAGCAGCCUGUGCAACCUGUGACCAUCAACACCUACGGGUCUCUGUCGAACAACCUAGUUUCAGGCGGUACCCCUCCUCCGUGUCCGCGACGGUUUGAGCCUUACUAUUCGCACUGGGAUACUGCAAUUCUCCCGAUGGUGAAGGACGAAAAUCCCAGCCAGAUGAGCGUAACGACCAUGCAGCAGAACUACCAGAAAAGCUAUCUUCCACAGCCCUAACAGCGACAGCCGGUGGCAACGGCGCCAAAACUCCAGCCGCGAUCCAAAUCCGUCUACCUGGAAAGUGAAUUCAGUAAAUUUAGGCCAACUGUUAAUCGCAAAAUUUUGCUACCCGUUAAAAAUACGUUCGUGAGACCACCACCCUUUGAUGUACCAAAUCUAGAUGAAAUUGUAAAAUAUAAUCCUGUACAAUAUUUGGAAAAACAAAUGCACACAUGCAUUUAAACUCCGGGCCUAGGUUAACGAAAUUAUUAUCCAACAACGAAAUUUAAUGUACAAACCAGCUCAUAGACAGGUAGAUAACUGAUACUGUAUAUAACUAGACUAUAAUCCAAUCAAGAUUAUUAAUUACUAUAAAAAAGAUCGGGAUCUCUAGUGUUAAGAAUGAAACCAACGAUUUUCAUAGGAUGGAGCAGAGAAAAAAAAACGCACGCAGGCUAUAAAUGGUAAAUUAUUUAUUUAAUUGAAAUAAAUCUAGCAAAGUUCGUGGCUAGUUCAAAGAGCUCCAACAGCAGCAAAUUGUUUGGCGAUUCGCGUCGUGUGUACAUGGUGAAAUUUUCCGUCCAAACAAAUCACUGUCCGACUGUUUGUCCCAAUCCUUCCUAU